AUGGCAAGGGUCUACUUAAGUAUUGCAAAGAUGAAGAACAAGCUUGAUCUGUUCCAACAAUUACAGACUCGACUCAAAGAAUCUCAGCGUUCAGUGGGAGAUGUAACUGCUGAUGCAGAUUUAUCUCAAAGUGCACCCGAGAAAAUAAAAGCUAUGGGCCAAGUUCUUUCAAAAGCGAGAGAGCAACUGUAUGAUUGCAACCUGGUCACUGGGAAGCUGAGAGCAAUGCUUCAGACUGCAGAUGAACAAGUACGGAGCUUGAAAAAGCAGAGCACAUUUCUUAGUCAGUUAGCUGCCAAGACUAUUCCAAAUGGAAUCCACUGCUUGUCUAUGCGCCUAACCAUAGAUUAUUACCUCCUUUCUCCUGAGAAGAGAAAAUUCCCCAGAAGUGAGAACCUGGAAAAUCCUAAUCUUUAUCAUUAUGCUCUCUUCUCAGACAACGUCUUGGCUGCAUCGGUUGUCGUCAACUCUACUGUCACAAAUGCCAAGGAUCCAUCAAAACACGUAUUCCAUCUUGUUACUGAUAAGCUUAACUUUGGAGCCAUGAAUAUGUGGUUCCUAUUGAAUCCUCCUGGAAAAGCCACCAUUCAUGUUGAAAAUGUUGAUGAGUUUAAGUGGUUAAACUCAUCCUACUGCCCAGUUCUGCGGCAGCUCGAGUCUGCUGCAAUGAAAAACUAUUACUUCAAGGCUGACCAUCCUACCACUCUCUCAUCUGGCGCUUCUAAUCUGAAGUACAGGAACCCCAAGUAUCUCUCAAUGCUUAACCAUUUGAGGUUCUAUCUUCCACAGGUUUAUCCCAAGUUGGAUAAGAUCCUGUUUCUUGAUGAUGAUAUUGUUGUUCAGAAAGACUUAACUGGAUUGUGGGCUGUCGAUCUACAUGGAAAAGUGAAUGGUGCAGUAGAAACCUGUGGUGAGAGCUUCCACCGGUUUGACAAGUACCUAAACUCUCAAAUCCUCAUAUUGCAAGAAACUUUGAUCCAAACGCAUGUGGAUGGGCUUAUGGAAUGA